GUAGUAACAUGGACGUAAACUCCCUCUUUGCGUUGAAGAAACAAAAGGGGAAGAAGAAGGACUCCUCGGGUCAGAAGCCGGUCGACACCCUUUUCCAAAAAGGGAGGGAGGAGCCUUCCAGAGGUGCUACCGUCGGUGCGGAGCCGGGAAUUCACAGGGCGAUGGGGCCCUAAAGAAGAAGAAAGGCGGCAAGGUGGUUGAGCCCCCGACUAAGAAGCAGAAAGCUGGGGACUCCGGCAAGUAGCCGUCCUCCGUGAUGGUAGCCUCGAUCCUUCGGUGCUUAUGUGCCAGAUGAUGCCCUCGGCUGAUAGGCUGGCCCUCACCAGGAUGGAUGAAAGCGCCAUUGAGUCCAAGAUUCUUCUGAGUAGCGCCUCCAACUUCAUGGGCCUCUGUGAGUACCUCUGGAGGGUGGAGCAGAUGAGGGAGGCCAAGGUUGCUGCUGAUGCGGAGGCUGUCAACCUCAGAAAGAAGCUGGCUCAGGUCGAAGACUCCCUCCGAAAGGCUACCGAGAGCAUGGAGCAGCGGGUCCAGGCUGCCAAGACCGAAGGUAGGAAUGAGGGCUUGGCCGAGGCCAUGGAUGCAGCUGCUGAAGCCGCAAGGAAGGCUGCCGAUGAGGCACAUGCAGCUAAAGAAGAGGCCGUCACCAAGGCCCGAGAAGAUGCUGUAGCCGCUUUUGGUGCCGAGGGGUGGAAGGCAGAGGGGCACAAGAAGUGGCUGGCCUCGGUGGUGGAGGCUUUGUUGGUCCCGG